UCAGGGAGAACCCUCUGUGAACCCUUGGCCGGGGCACAAGACUUCAGCAGCUGCAGGACUGAUAUGCUAUCAUUUCAAGAGGAGCCUGAGUGGAGCAGGACUUCAUAAACAAAUCACUUGUGAAAGAGAAAAAAACCACAUCCAGGGUAAAGCCCCACGCUGAGAACCUUAUUUCAGAGCACUUCCUGAAAGAGGCCGUGCGGCACUCAGCCCAACAGACAGCCCCGUAUCGGUACUACAUCUCCAAGAGCCUUUCCACGGCACAGCGGCACAGCGAGCCAAGACAGAAGCACCACUAACCCAAGCUCCGAGAGCUCUUCACCGGACCCGCACAUCGGCAGAGUUCCCACGACAUGGGCCCUGGCCUGCUGUAAGAUGACCACCCCCAGCAAUCGCAACGGGCUGGUCCUUUCUAACAGCUCACACCCAGAUGAGUUCAAGAUCGCGGCCCUGGUCUUCUACAGCUGCAUCUUCCUGAUUGGAUUAUUUGUUAAUGUCACCGCGCUAUGGGUUUUCAGCUGUACAACCAAGAAAAGAACCACCGUGACUGUCUACAUGAUGAACGUCGCGCUGCUGGACUUAAUAUUUAUCCUGAGUCUACCCUUUCGGAUGUUUUACUAUGCAAAAGGCGAAUGGCCAUUUGGGGAGUACUUCUGCCACAUUCUUGGGGCCCUGGUGGUGUUUUACCCAAGCAUGGCUCUGUGGCUUCUUGCUUUCAUCAGUGCUGACAGAUACAUGGCCAUAGUACAGCCAAAAUAUGCCAAGGAACUGAAGAACACCUGCAAGGCUGUGCUGGCCUGUGUGGGGGUCUGGAUAAUGACCCUGACUACCACUGUCCCUCUGCUCCUGCUCUAUGAAGACCCCGAUAAAGCCUCCUCGCCUGCCACCUGCCUCAAGAUUUCAGACAUCAUCCACCUAAAAGCCGUCAACGUGCUGAACUUCACCCGGCUCGUGUUCUUCUUCCUGAUCCCGCUGUUCAUCAUGAUCGGGUGCUAUGUGGUCAUCACCUACAGCCUCCUGCGAGGGCAGACAUCCAAGCUGACGCCCAAGGUGAAGGAGAAGUCCAUCCGGAUCAUCAUCACCCUGCUGGUGCAGGUGCUGAUCUGCUUCGUGCCCUUCCACAUCUGCUUCGCCGUCCUGAUGCUGGGCGGGGAGGGGAGCAGCUACAGCCCCUGGGGCGCCUUCACCACCUUCCUCAUGAACCUCAGCACCUGCCUGGACGUCGUCCUCUACUACAUCGUCUCCAAACAGUUCCAGGCUCGGGUCAUCAGUGUUAUGCUGUAUCGCAAUUACCUCCGCAGUGUGCGCAGGAAAAGCUUCCGGUCUGGCAGUUUACGGUCACUUAGCAACGUGAACAGUGAAAUGCUAUGAGUCAGGGCAAGCAACCUGUCUUUAACUAGUUAAAACUUUUUGUCUACCUACUCUUGGGUGAGUCAGGAUUCUAUAUCAUCCAGCCUCUUCUCUAGUUAAAAAAAAAAAUCAUAAUAACAGUAAUAAUAAACUUUAAAAAUUUCUGUGCUAUUUUAUUACUCCAGCAACAUAAUUAAAUCCUGAGUAUUCUGAAA